CUAUACCUCUCCCACUGAUGAUCACAUGCCAGUUCUGUUGCCUGGAGUGAGACUGACACAGGAGAGUGGCACGCAUGAUGGCUCAGUUCAGCGAUGCUUUAUUAUGGGAGCUUCAUCGUCUGCUUCUUGUCUUGCUCCCACAUCUCUACCUCUCACACCUCUACAUCUAUCUACAUCUAUCCAUCAAGUCGACUACCAUCGCUAGCAAAGCCACUUGACGACCUCAUCCGACCUAUUCACUGCACGGACCUCCAUCUUGAUCAUGUCGGCCUGUUCUUCCCCCGACCUCGAGAUCGUUACCCCCGCUCUCACUGUCGAAGGGGACUUUUACUGCAAUGAGGACGACGUAUAUGAGCUUGGGUAUGAGUAUGAGUCUGACUCGGAAUCUGAGUCUGAGUCCGAAUCGCAUGCUGGAGUAGGAUUCGACUUAUUCAGGUUUCCCAGCAUUGGAUUCAUGCCGUCCAUUGGACAAGUGCUUGACUCGAUCGAAUGUCCCACUGUGGAGAAGACCACUGCGGUCGACACACAUAGUUUUGAUGAUGUCACGACUCACGACGACGACGACGACAAUGACGAGGAUGGGGAUCCCUCCUAUCUCGAAGAGAACGCCCGUGACUUCAUUGGACCCAGGACCCUCGCUUUCCAAGCCGUCGACGAAUCCUGGGAGCAUUUUAUCGGUCCCCACUCGAAAAUGUAUCUCGAGUGGAUCGCAUACAAUGAGGCAGUCGACGCAGCAGAGAAAGAAUACGUCUUUACUCGAGUCAUGGAGGGGUCCGAAUGGACAUACAAUGAGUCCGACGCUGACUUUAUUGGUCCCAAGACGCAAGAGCAUCAUGCGUUGGACGAAGCCUCGACUGGAUUCAUCGGCCCAGUCUCGUUUGGAGGAACGCUUUUGAAACUCCUGGAGCCUUUCAUCGAGGCUGCGUUGGCAGCGGAUGAGGAGGAGGAGAAGGAGGGGGAUACGUCCUUCAGGCAGGAGGGUGCAAAGUACGUGGACGCGGAGGACCAAGCUGAAAUGGAGCAUGUCGAGCUUAUCGGAGCGGAGUCAGACCUCGAAGGCGAGGGAAGCGGAUGGGUCGGUUGCGUGAUUGCUUGAGGACCUGACGCCAUCUUUGUAUCGUCAUGACCAGGGAACGGGAGGGAGGGGUUUAUGGAUGUGUUUUUAAUUUGUACAAUUGUCUCCUAUAGCUUUGUCCUGUAGCCUGAUGCGG